CGUUUGACACUAUUGACAGUGACAAUUACCAACUGAGUUUAUUAUUGUUUUUAUUUAAGGCUUAUUUAUUUUAGUACAGAUUUGUUUCUUGUGUAACUAAAAUCGAAAUAGCCAGAAACUAUGGUCGAAGAAACUUCAAAUAAUUGCAACAAACCAAAACUUAAAACCAACAAACCCAAAUCAGUUUAUGAGUGGAAUGUGCGAGAUGUACAAAACUGGCUCCGGAGGCACUGUGGUGAUUACCACCCUUUGUAUGCAGAUAAUUUUGUUCAGCAUGAUAUUACAGGUAGAGCCUUAAUUAGAAUGAAUGAUAACUCACUUUAUAGGUUGGGGAUAACAGAGGCACUUCACAGAGAAGCAAUAUGGAGAGAAAUCUUGAAACUGCGACUUAAAACCGAUAUUAUAGAAAUCAGAGAUUUACAACACAGGACAAGUUCCUGAAGAACUGCUUGUUGUGUUCGAAUAAUAUUUUUUAAUAUUUAUUAUAAACCCAAAAACUAAAUUUUGGGACAAGCUAUAAGACGCAUGUAAUCAUUUUUUUAAAUGUAAUUGUAUAGUUUCAACUUUUUUUGAAAUAAAAGAAUAUUUAAUUAGUUAA